AUGAAAGUUUCGAAUCGUGAUGAAAACUUUAAUAACAGCAAAGCCGUGGAUGAAGUUUUAACUGUUGAUGUUACAUUAAUAAAGUCGAGUUGUACUGCAGAAAGCUUUCACUUAAUUAGUUCAUCAAUUCCUUUGAUCUUUGAAAGUCAGCUCAUAAAUUUUGCUAAUUGCAACGAUUUAUCAUUAUGUUUCAAAAGAAGUGCCAAAACACUUCAAACACCUCAAGGAAAUCCAAUAAUUCAUUAA